GUCGGCCAUCGGACACUGAGUCUGUGCGACGUGCCUUCUCUGCAGCGACAACACUGCACGCCUCGACGUGCGCCCAGGAGUCCACGUCGUCGCGGCAUCCCUCCAGCGAAGGCCAGCGGGAGUGUUGUUUUCCGUGCGCGUUCUGUGGUGGCCCCCUCUGACCAACAACAGUGCGUAGCGGCCCGAAGACGUGCGAGUGACCGCGCCAAGCGGACUACCCAUCGGCACCGUCCUUAGACUGUGCCGCCGGCGUGUUACCACUGCCCUCCUGGUUGUCUUGACCGUGAGAGGAGAAGGAUCCCGUGUUGUCGACGACGAAGAGAGAAGCCGUCCACGAUGAUUCUUAGGUACAUGGUGAUGACAGCGACCACGCUGCUGUGUAUCGGCGGCACGCUGGUGUUCGAGGACUCGCGGCCGACGCCGUACAACCCAGAGUACGCACCCGACUGCGCGCUCAUCGUGACCACCACCAAGCCUCAUGCGGCCAUCAUUCAAAAGCCGUCGCUAGCGUCGGCCGCCGGCUUACAGUACCUGUCCAACUUCGUGCCUCAGCUGAAAGCGGUGACGCUGACCGAGGGCCAGCAGUGCAUCACGUUCGACGACGUGAACCAAGCGCUGCUCGAAGCCAAGGCAAAGUUCGGCGAGAGCGUACCGAACGAGAUCUACGAACUCUCCUCGGACACGCCCACGCCCGAACACGUGACCGUGCCCUCGGAGAUCAUCCUCGAUGCCUCCAGGAUACUCGCCCAGAAGUUCUCGCUGUCGUACCACGCCAUCGUGUACGGCCUGCCUCAGAUCGACACCUCGAAGACGAUGGUGAAGGACAUCUGCCCGACCUUCCUGAAGCCGGUCAAGUGUGAGCUGAGCCGUUACCGCACGCUCACCGGAAUGUGCAACAACCUCGAGAAUCCGUCCUGGGGAUCCGUACGAUCGGCCAUGGUGCGCUACCUGCCACCUGCCUACGCUGACGGCGUCGCCGAGCCCCGUGUGGCCAAGGACGGCAGCCCGCUGCCCAACGCGCGUAUGGUGAGCUUCCUGGUGCACCACGACGUGAGCGAGCACGACCGCCGGGUGCGGAACCUGCUCGUCUCCAUGGGACAGAUGUUGGACCACGACCUGACGCUGGCCGCCCCCACUCUGAACGAGGAACGCCAGGAUAUCGACUGCUGCAAGUACUCUCCCGAGGAGAGGCAUCCCAACUGCUUGGUCAUCGACGUGCCACGUGACGACCCAUUCUACAAGUUCUUCAACCGCAAAUGUCUCGAGUUCGCCAGAGUCCUCGCCGGUCUCAGGCCAUCCUGCACACUCGGUCCGCGGUCCCAGAUGAACAUCAUUUCGGCAUACAUCGAUGCCGGCUUCGUCUACGGAAGCACCCAGGAAGUCGCCAGCCGAUUGCGCGAGUUCUCCGGAGGACGCAUGAAGACCACUCCUCUGUACCGGGACUUGGGCCUCAAGGACCUGCUGCCCAUGAAGACGGUCGAGGCGGACGUUGGCUGCAUGGCGAGGCCCAGGAACCUUUACUGCUUCGACGCAGGCGACGAGCGUGUGAACGAGCAGUUGUCACUGACGGUGAUGCACACGCUGUGGCUGCGAGAGCACAACAAGAUCGCCAAGGGCCUGCAGGAAGUGAACCCACACUGGGACGACGAGACGCUCUUCCAGGAGACGCGGCACAUCCUCAUCGCCGAGGUGCAGCACCUCACGCUCACCGAGUGGCUGCCCGCCGUGCUGGGACCCGACGCGGUCAAGAAGUACGGACUUACGCCCGCACUGCACGGCUACUACGAUGGUUACAGUCCGAAGGUGAACGCUGGAAUCAGGCAAGCGUUCCAGGCCGCUGCCUUCCGUUUCGGUCACAGUUUGCUGCCCGAUAUCACAGAGAGAUACAACAAGUUCCACGAGAAGCUUGAGUCCAUCCGUCUGUCUAAGUUGCUGCGUCAGCCCUACGAUCUGUAUAAACCCGGUGUCGUCGACUCCUUCGCUCUUGGUCUUGUCGACCAGCAGUCCAACAGAAUGGACCCCGAGAUCACCACCGAGGUGACCAACCACUUGUUCGAAAUGCCCGGCGACGGCUUCGGUAUGGACUUGGUCUCACUGAACGUUCAGCGAGGUCGUGAAACCGGCAUUCCCGGCUACAACGACUUCAGAGAGUACUGCGGCCUGCCGAGGGCAAGGGACUUCUCGGACCUCAUCGGAUACUUGCCCAACAAGACCAUCCACCGAUACGCGCAAAUCUACAAGCACGUGGAUGACAUCGACCUCUGGAGUGCGGGCGUCUCCGAGUUCGGACUACCGGGCGCCGUGACGGGACCCGUAUUCGCCUGCCUCAUCGGCGAGCAGUUCGCCAACAUCAGGCGCGGAGACCGAUUCUGGUACGAGAACCCAGGAUGGCCGUCGUCCUUCACGUUAGAGCAACUUUCGGAGAUCCGGAAGAUGCGGCUGGCACGGUUCAUUUGCGACAACGCCGACGACAUGUUCGACGUUCAGUACAGCGCGCUCCUCAAGGUGGAUCCCGAGACGAACCCGAGGUUCAGCUGCAACCAGUUCGACGUCCUGCCCAGAAUGGACUUCAGCAAGUGGAAAGACACGUCGUACCUAAAGAAAUAACCGCUGACACUAACACGAUUCCACUUUUUUUAUUAUUGAAAGCGAACUGCGCGAGAAAAAAACGAACAGCGGGAAAAACCACUUGUCGCAUCCUCUGCCCCCGCACAAACACACACAUCCAACGAAACAGAAAACUGUCAGAGUUUGUCGCUGCCGCCGCAAUGCUAUGCGAUGUCACGCGUUAUCAUGCACCAUGCCGUAGAGUAGGCAUCAGCAGCCAUUACAUGUUCAGUGCCUAUCAUGUGCGGUACACACGCACCCGCUUGUAGAAGCAUUGACAGUGUUCUUAGCGUGGCAGAGAUGAUGUCAAUGUUUGUUCCCCGAUGACGUCACCAUGUAAGGGCAGGCGCUGCAAUUUAUGAAGGCAGAGGAUGCGACAUCUCGCUGCGUAGUUCUCUGUGGUGUUUAAAGAUGUCUGGAUUCAGAGCGUCUAGCGUUUUCUUGGGGAUGUACAAAGGUGACGCGAGAAUGUAUUUUGUCUCGGACUCGUGUUGCGCUGCAUGAAAAUAUCUAGAAACAUGACGUUAGAUCUUACGUUAGUAGCGCAUUUAUUUUUAGGGAGUCAUAAAGCUGUAUUAGCAGAAGCGGUGUACUUAAUGUAUCAUCUUUAAAAUACGCGCAGCUUGUAUCUUUUAAUAACGUUUUCUUUAGUGCCAUAGCGUUUUUAAAACAGAGUGGAGCAUCUUCAGAAAUGCGAACACGCCACAAUGGGUAUGCUGUGCUCGCAUCAAUCACAGCCUGUACGAGCAAUGCACCAUUGGCGUAUUAGUAUUUCUGACUGCUUCAAAAUCUUAUAAAGUAACGUGUUUAUUCUUUUUCGAUUUUUUUUACGUCGCGCAUUUAACGUCCCCGAAACUUCAGACAGGUGGCAAGUGUAUGCGAGCACACUCGCACAAGAGUAUUAGAA